AUGACCUAUAGUUAUUCGGUUGUCGGAACUGAAUUAGUUGGUGAUAUAGCUAAUCUCGCCUCUUUAAGUUACUAUAUUACCUUUGGUAGAGCUAGUUGUAAGUUAGAUAUUUCUCGUUUCAAUCUCAUAUUAUAUCAAGCUCGCGAAAAUGUUAUUAUACUCUAUAUGAUCUGGAUUGAAAAUCCGUUUAGUAGCUAUUCAGAUUUUGAAUCUGAGCCACCUUUCGUUUGGACGUUAAUAGAAUCGCUAUCAUUUAAGAAUUAUAAGGAUGUAACGUAUCAUAGAGGAUUUCCUGUGGAUGCCCCAUUUAGUGAAUGCAAUUCAUCGUGGGCCUUAUUUCGCUUAAGUGCUGCUAAAAUGAGUUCUAUUAUAGCUGCAUAUGGAUCAGUACAUUUUCCCGCAAUAUGCAAUUUUAAUCCAAAUAUAGGAACAAGAUUAAAAAAUCGUCGUGAUUAUUCAAGAUAA